UCGAGCUGGUGUUUGCCCGGAGGUCGAGCUGGGGCCCGCCGGGCCCCAUCCCCAGCCCUAGUGGAGAUGGGUUCUACUCAGAGCGUCUCAGGCACUCCAGCACGGCCUCUGCCACGCAACAAGCAUGUGUCUCGGGUGGCAGACCCUCGUUCACCUAGUGCUGGCAUCCAGCGCACUCCUAUUCAGGUGGAGAGCUCGCCACAGCCAAACCCACCUGCAGAACAGCUGAACAGUCUCAAACAGGCGCAAGACCCAGAUCCCCGCUCUCCUACUCUUGGCAUUGCGCGGACACCCAUGAAGAUCAGUGGUCCAGACUCUCAGUGCCCACUGGUGAAAGAGCUGAGCGAAGUGUUCGAGACCGAAGUGUCCGAGACAGAAGUGUCCGAAUCGAUUUCCUCUCCAGUGCCUGGUCUGCCCCAGGAAACCCCUUUAUCUUCUGAACUGGACCUGCCUCCGGAUCCGGAUCCCCAGGUAUCCCUUGAGGACCAGUUGCUGCCUUGGAGCCAGACUGAACUCAAUUCCAAACAGGUGUUUGCCAAGGAGGAAGCAAAACAAUUCACAGAAACCAUGGUUUCUGGCCAGACCUCAGACAAGCCCUCCAGAGACCCAGAGACUCCCCAGUCCUCAGGUUCUAAGCGCAGUAGACGGAAGACAAACAAGGUUCUAGGGAGGUCCCCUCUCACCAUCCUGCAGGAUGACAACUCCCCUGGGACCUUGACACUACGACAGGGUAAGCGGCCUUCUGCCCUAAGUGAAAAUGUUAAGGACCUAAAGGAAGGAGUCAUUCUUGGAACUGGAAGGUUUCUGAAAGCUGGAGGUGGAGCAUGGGAGCAAAACGAGGACCAUGACAAGGAGAAUCAGCAUUUUGCUUUGAUGGAGAGCUAGGUCUCUGCUGGAUUCUUCCCCAAGAGCACCGAGGAAAGUCCUGUUUUCUGAUUCCACUCAGGCUGCCAACUCUGGUAUUUGGACACUAUUCUUUUAUGUUCGUGUGUUUCCUGUAUAUUAAAGUAGAUGAUUUUACGUGAUGUUUUAAGACGUUAGAACAAAGCUGUGCAGAGUCUUCUGUGUAUAGAAUGUAGGAUGGCAUUCUGGGAGCCUAUGAGACCUGGAUAGGUAUCUCUCCUGCCACUUCUGAACCUCCUUUAUGUUGCUUAAGUUUUGAUGUCCCCAAGGCUCUGGCCUUGGCCCUCCUCUCCUCUUCCCCUUUUGUCUGGGUUUAGCUAUUGCUUACCUGCUUGUAAUUUUCAGGUUCUUCUCUCCACAUAAAUGCUCAACGUUAGUUCCCCUAAAAUAAAAUUCGUGAUCUUCCCCUAAAA